AUGGAGAUAAACCCAGUUGUUUUUCUAAUUCUCCUCUUAAUCUCUGGCCUUUCUGAAGGCUAUAAGUUGGCGCAGCCCUCCAAUGAGAUAUCGGGCCUGAUCUCAGAUCAUCCUGGUUCUGACCAUUGUCCCUCGUCAUCCUCAUCCUCGGAGGGUGGCAAGUGCGGCAUCAAGUUGGACGGAAAGACGAACGUAAAGGCCUCCAGUAUUGCCCAGAAGGCGGCCAAGGAGGCCAAGGACGCCUCGGAUGCCCAAAUGGAGGCGGGGGAGGCGGCAGCUCGCCAGGUGAAACAGCAGUUGGCGGACAAGGCACUGGCGGCUGCCAAGGCGGCGGAAGCGGCUUUGGCCGGCAAACAGCAGAUUGUGGAGCAACUGGAGUCCGAGGUGAGGGAGGGGGAGCUGGUGGUGCAGGAGGAGAGCACUUUGCUGCAGACCACCCAGACCACUUGUGCUGCUGCCGGACAAGCGGCCAAACAGGCCGCUGAACAGCUAAAGACCAUCACGCAGGCGGUGAAGAAUGCCCAGGACAAUGUGGUCAACUCGGAGCACGUGGCCAGUGGAGCCCAACAGGAGCUGGGCGAGAAGCAGCAGCUCGUGGAUGCGGCCAAGAAGCGGGUGGAGCUGCUACUCCGCCAAUUGGAGGUGGCCCGGGCGGAUUUCAAGAACACCAAGAAUGCCGCCGAAAAGGCAGCCUGUGCCGCCCAGGAGGCCAGGCAAAGGGCCACUCGGGAGCGUCGAAGGGCGGAACUGAGGCACAGACUGCGUUUAAAGAGGGCGCACAGUCACUAGGAUCUCUCAGUUUUAUAUUUUAUAUUUUUCUUGAUUUUUUUACGCCUGAAAAAGGGCCUGGAA